AUGGUACUCCAUAAACUGAAUAACAGAUACCGGUGUGGGGAAUGCGGGGUGGUAUUCUGUGGGUCGUGCCGCGAGCACCCGUAUCACCUCGGGAUCUCCUGUGCUGCGCAUGCUGUGCGGCUUGCGGCUCUCAAGUGCCGCUUCUGUGGGGAGCGGGUCGACGACUUUUGUCCCAUUUGCUGGGUGGAGCCGAUCGCUGCCGCCCCAGCCAUCUGGCUGUCGUCCUGUGGCCACGUGGUGCAUGCAGCAUGCGCAAGGGAGAAGAUUCGCCAAUCAUAUCCCGGUCCCGAGAUCUCCUUCGGAUUUCUCUCCUGCCCCCUCUGCCCGAGUAUCACUGUGGACCAUCCUGCACUACAGACAGAGCUUGCCGCCCCGUUGGCUCUGAAACGGCAAGUGGAGGGAUUGGCAGAGGAGAGGGUGAAGGCUGGGGAGGGGCUUGGAGAUGGGGAGGAGCGUGGGGAUGGGGACAGUGUGUUGGCGCGGGCGCUGCGUCGGUUGCUGUUCUUCCUCUGCUCGCGCUGCCACCGCCCGUACUUUGGUGGCGACCGGAGGUGCGGUGCCGGACCUGCAGCUGCCGAGCCUGAGAUUGAGGAUGGGGAGGAGGGGGAGGGAGAGGAAAUGGAGGAGGGGGAGGGAGAGGAAUUGGAGGAAGGGGAGAGGGAGGGAGGGGAGGAAGAACGAGCAGCGGAAGCGGGUGGGCAGGGUCAGGGAGGCAAUGAGCUGGUGUGUGGUGACUGCUUGGCUGUUGAAGCAGCUGCAAAGCAAAAGGCAGCCGCAGCAGCAGCAGCAGCGGCAGCGGCAGCAGCAGCAGCAGCAGCAGCAGCGGCGGCAGCAGCAGCAGCAGCAGUGGCAGCAGCAGCAGCGGAGGAGAGAGAAAGGAGGGAGCGGCUGUGGGAGGCAGGCAAGCCGUGCAGCAGCAACCAUGGGCAGGAAGCCGUGCAGUACAAGUGCCGCUUCUGCUGCUCUGUCGCCUCCUUCCACUGUUUCGGCUCCACUCACUUCUGCACUCCGUGCCACGAGAACCGCCCGGAUUGCAAUCGCUCGUACGUUGCACCACUCUGCACCGGGGGGGACCAGUGCCCGUUGCGUGUGGCGUGGCACCCCCAAGCCCCCGAAGAGUUCUGCCUCGGGUGUGGCUUGUGCAGGCCUUAG